ACUUACAGAUCAAUACAAACAACUGACAGAUCGAUGAAAAACAAGGAUACGUAUCCUACAUCAGUAGACGCUGUGCGGUUGCAGCGAACAGUGCCUGAUUACGCGAUAUUGCCUUCAGAUAUUGGGAAUUUAGAUUCUGAAAAUGGAUAUGUGUAUGUGUAGUUCAGUUCUUGUUCUGAUGAUGUCUGUGUUGGUACACGGAUCUAGCGGCACCUGCCUGGAGGAACUCAACUGGGUUCCUUCUCCUUCUUACAGUAACAAGAAGUUUGACGGAACAGUUAAAGUCUCAAAAACAAUCAGUGGUACAUUGGAAUGUAUUUCUUUCUGCAUAUUCAGCGGAAACAAAGUUUCUGUCAUUUACGACACAACUGACCAGCGGUGUACUUGCCACAAUUUGCCGUUGUCGUCGUUGACGCUAGCCGACUCACAGGACGCUGUGGCAUUUGGGGAGACCAGCCUACCUGCAGAUGCUGUCGACACCUGGAUAUCAACUAUCAUAAGGGAAUCAUCUCACUUCAGCACGUGGGUCAGCAAUUAUCCGGCGACGAAGAUGAAAGGUCCCCCCGACUACUAUCCCUCAUACGGUAACACGGAGAAAGCCUGGUGCCCGGGCGCGCGGGACUCCAACCAGUAUGUUGAGCUUGGCAUACCUGAGGCUAUCUACAUCGCGGAGAUCCACAUCUAUGAGGUGUUCUGGGCUGGUGGCGUGGAGUCGGUGUCAAUACGGGAUUCGAACUCCAAAUGGAUCGUGGUUUGGAGCACUACCACUUUCCUGAAGCUACAGAAGAGUCGGAUUUUCAUACCUGCGUUCAUGCCUCCGGAAUUCAAGAGUGACGCCAUCAGGAUUGACCUUGACCUUGGUGCUACUGGCGAAUGGUCCGAGUUCGACGCUGUGAGAGUUGUUGGGAGUAGGACUCGCAGAAGGAUAAGCUUGGUGUAGUUAGAAAGAGAGUAUGUGAUUUGGACACUGCUGACCACCACAGCUUGCCCCAGAUUGUCUGGCUCCGUCCGGUGUCACAGCGUGUCUAUUGCAGUGUCUGUACACCAGUAACAAAAUGUAACUGAGCAGUGGCCAAUAGUCACUGGCGCUCUUGCUGUUUUGAUUUUUAUGUAUGCAAAUAUUUGAUUGUCUGUACAGGCAUGGAAGAAACACAACUGUGGUUUGAAGAUUUACUUACCCUUUAUGUUAGAUCAGUUAAUUUGCUUCCUGUGCGUCAUAGAGCAAUCUUCGUGUGUAGCACUGCCUCGCUGAUAUUGGUAAAACCUGUCGUAGAGUGAUGUUGUAUAUCGGGACAUGCUUCAUACCUUGUCACAGUGAUGUUGUAUAUCAUGACACCCUUCAUACCUUGUCACGGUGAUGUUGAACAUUUACAUAAACAUGACACUGAUCAUCAAUCUAUACAUAUUAUAUAACCAUGGCUAAGUCUUGUAUAAACGUAUGAAAGAGUAGUCUAUUUGUAUAUCAUGUAAACAAAACCCUUUCUACAUGCAUAAAGAAUAUCUGCUUAAAGCAGAGUCGAUUGCACAUUUCUAACAAUUCUGUCACGUGAGUAUGUAUUUGUUUCAGCAGUCUUACAGCUGAACCGUGUCGUAUGUAAACAAUCGAGUCUGGACCAGACAAUCCAGUGAUUGUUGUAAUGGCGUAUGACCUUUCGUCAAUAAACAAUG